AUGCGCUUCCUGCUUAGUGCAGGAGGCGCUAAUUCUAGAUUCGUACCUUCCUAUGGUUAUGGUGCCACAACGCCCUCUUCAGGACCUGCCAAGUACGACUUCAACUACUCUGUCAACGACCCUCCAUCUGGCAACGACUUCGGUCAUCAGGAGGCUAGAGAUGGCCCCAACACUCAGGGUUCCUACUACGUCCUCCUUCCCGACGGUCGUCUCCAGAGGGUCACCUACACUGUCAACGGAAAGGUUACAUCGCUCCAGCCACAAAAGCGCUCUUCUUGUUCCUCAUUAGGGAGGAGCUUUACUCGCUCCAGCUAUAUAAGGAGAUGA